AUGUAUCUUAUAAUUGCUGGAGGAGCUGUCAGAGACAUUCUUCUUGGGAAAACACCAAAAGAUGUUGACUUUGCCACCACAGCUACUCCUGAUGAGAUGAAAAAAAUGUUUGAAGAGGAAGGGGUACGAAUGAUAAAUAAUAAAGGAGAAAAACAUGGCACCAUUACUGCGAGAAUUAACAAUGAAAAUUUUGAAGUUACAACUCUUCGUAUCGACAAGGUAACUGAUGGAAGACAUGCUGAAGUUGAAUUUACAACCGAUUGGGAAUUGGAUGCGAAUCGAAGGGAUCUUACCAUCAAUUCUAUGUUCUUAGGUACUGAUGGUCAAGUCUAUGAUUAUUUUGGAGGGUAUGAAGAUUUGAAAAAGAGAAGAGUAGCUUUUGUUGGUGAUCCAAGUAAAAGAAUCCAAGAAGAUUAUUUGAGAAUUCUGCGAUAUUUUAGAUUUUUCGGUAGAAUUGCUGAAGAUCCUGAUUCUCAUGAAGAAGAGACCAUUGAUGCCAUUAAAAAUAAUAUUUCUGGAUUAGGAAAGAUUACCGGUGAAAGGAUAUGGCUUGAGUUAUCCAAGAUUCUAUCUGGUAAUUAUGUCAGUUCAAUUAUCCAGUCAAUCAUUUCAGUUGGUGCCGGGCCAUAUAUAGGUUUUCCACCAACGCCUAGUGUUGGCGAAUUGAUAUCCGUUUGGGAACGAAGUGUUGAUCGAGGGAUGAGUGGUGACUGUCCUGGAAACUGA